AUGUUACCAACUCAAAACUACCCAAGCAUUGAGAAUUUAAAUCCAAAGCCCAAAGUAGCGCUACUUGGUGGGAAGAAGAUGUUGAGUUGGAAGUAUCUUCUGCUUGGCGUAAUUGAUCAGCUGAAAGAGAUGAAUGCCAGUGUUCCAAUGGAUCUGGGAUACUCAGUCGAGUCUGAUAAUACUCAGAUGUAA